AUGGCCAUCCCUACUUUGUACUACUUCGAUGCCCCGGGUCGUGCAGAGGCAUCUCGGUUGGCUUUCCACAUUGGAGGAUUGGGGAUCAAAGACCAACGUUUCACUCACGAGCAGUGGGGUACUGAAUACAAGGCAAAGGCGCCUACGGGCCUUGCUCCUUGGCUUGAUCUCGAAGAUGGGUCGUACAUUGUAGAAAGCAAGGCUAUUUUGAUGUACGCUGCAAGCAAGGCAGGUCUCAUUCCUAAAGACCCGUUAGACGCCGCGACGGCGGAACAGACCUGCAGCAUCAUGGAAGCUUGCUUUGGUCCGAUUAGAAGCUUCUUCAUGAACACGGAGGUCGAGAAGGCGAAAGUUGAGCUGGCUGAAAAGCUAGCUGUUGCCGACAAGGUGAUCGCCAGCAGGCAGUCGGAGUCAACUGGCUUUACCUCGAACGCCGGACUUUCUUACGCCGACCUGUUUGUUUUCGCAUUCGUCUACGGAAUGACUACCCGAUUCCCGGAUGCCAUGAAGAUCGAAAAUUAUCCCCACCUGAAGAAGGUCCACGACGCUGUUAAAGCACACCCGAAGGUUGCUGAGUACUACAAAAGCCGCCCUUAA